AAAAACACCACCAGAACUCCUUCCUUUCGACCACAUUCUAGAAUCAUCCCGAUCUCCAACCGACAAAAACUCUGAGAACGUAGUCCCGACAAUAAUACUAUACAUUUCCAGUAUUUUGGCACCUGAAUUCGCUAAUUUUCAUGAAUUGCUGGUCGAAUUAGUUGAACAAGAAUUGGCUCGUUAUGUCUUGAGGUAUAAGCCACCGUCAUUGCCAUCAGAAAAUGAAAGAACUUUGUACCUUGCUGGUUAUGCAGAUGAUGAGAAAACAUCAAAAACUGACGCUGAAACUGUAAAAAAAUCGUCAAAAGAUUCUGCUAGUGAUAAUAAUGAUAAUAAAGAUGAUGGUCCUAACAAUAAAGAUUCGAAUUCUGUAAAUGAGAAUCUUUUUGACGAAGAUUCUGCAAUAAUAAAGCAUCUUAAAGUCAAUGAAAUCAAAGAUCUUGGAAUUAAGGCCACACAGUUUAUUUUAUCCUCUCAGAAUCCAAUUUCGACACUUGUCACUCUUGCGCAAGAUUUUCCAAAAUAUUCACAUUCAAUCGUGACUAAAAUAACCUUGAGUAAUAAUAAAUCGUUGGCCUCAGAAAUUCAUCAGAAUCAACAGAUUCAUGUGGCUGCUGGUGCAAAUGCGUUUUGGCUUAAUGGGAUGCCGUUUCCGAUUGAUUCUGUCGAUCCUUUUAGUCUUUUAAGAGCAUUACGACGCGAACGGCAAACAAUCUUCUCAUUAAAAAGCCUUGGACUCAGCUAUAAAAAUUCGAUUGAUCUGCUUACUUCUCCGAUAUUAGCAAAAUCUAAACCAACAGAAAGUGCCAUGAAAGGAAUGUUUGAUGUACGUGACAAGUCAAAGAGCGGUACCACGAUUGUAUGGUGGAAUGAUUUGGAGAAGGAUGAACGGUAUGCGGAUUGGCCCAAUCGAAUUAGAGAACUCCUCCGUCCCGUAUUCCCCGGCCACCUAUAUUACCUUCGAAAAAAUUUAUUUUCCGUACUCUAUGUAGUUGAUCUUUCGACCGAAGAAGGACUUCGACUGAUCGAUGAAUCUAAUACUUUUGUGAAUCGCGAACUUCCGAUACGGUUCGGAAUGGUUCCGCUUUUUUUCGAUGGAGAUCGUCAGUGUGAUUCAUAUAUCAUGGCAAAACUUUUCUACUAUACUCUUAAUCGGUACGAUCGUGGUUCUGUUCUUUUAUUUUUCGCAAAGGUACGAGAAAGAUUAAUGCAUUCACAAUCAGAAAGAAAUAUCCGCGACUUUGCCCGCAAAGAAUACGAGUCAAUCUUUAAAAAACUUAUACCAAAGAUAUUUAAUGACGGCGACAACAAAGAGGAAAAAGAUGAUGAUGGAAAUAACAAUAAAUUCUUAUCAAAUGCUGCAAACUAUAUUAAACGGUUUAAUCUUUUGCCGGAAAUUUAUGGUGGCAAUGGAGGAGCUAUGUUUGUUAAUGGAAGGCAUUUUGAGCUUGAUCAGUUGUAUCAACGAAACCUAUUAAUGACAAUAGCCGAACACACGCAAUAUUUGCAACAAAAAGUAUAUCACGGUCAUAUUGACGAUACUACAAAUGUAUACGAUUUUCUACUCUCAUUACCAAACGUUCCUUCACGAAGAAACCCUCAUAUUUUCGUGACUGAAGCGAAACCAUUAAAAGUUUUGAAUCUUGUCACUGCAAUGGACAGUAGUAGCUCCAAGGUUGUCAUUUUUGAAGAUAAUAUUCAAGAGGGAAAAAGGCAAAUCACGAGUAUUGAUGCUUUUGGGUAUAUUGUUUCAGAGGAUACUGAUAACUCUACUUCAAGCAUCCCAAUAUCUGUUUGGAUCAUUGCAGAUUUUGAAACCUUAUCAGGAGUCCAGCAAGGAUUAGAAGCACUUUUAUUUCUGGAAAAUUUUUCGAAUAUCAGAUUAACCCUACUCCACAAUCCAUCCUCUUCAUCAAAUUCCAAUAGCAGCAACAAUAGUAAUGCUAGUAUUCCCACAUUAAUAUAUUCAUUAUUACAUGAUCAAGAUAAAGACACUUCUUUGUCGGCACUAUCUUCAUUGGAAUCUCGUAAACUACUUAGAGAGAUAUUUGAAGAAAUAGUCAACAAUAAUAGCAACAAUAAUAAUGACGGAGCUGAUGGAUUUUCACCCGUCAUUAAAGAAAUAAAUAUUGAAAAAAUAACUGGAUGGCAAACUAUUGAUCGCGUAAAAGCCAGUAAUUUCUGGCACGGACUUUAUCCUUUAUUAAAAAGUUCGUUAAAAUUUGCGGGUGGUGAUAUUGGGAUUGUUGUAAAUGGACGGAUUAUUGGGCCUUUAUCUCACAAAGAAAUUUUCACUUUUGAGGAUUUGGCUCUUUUGGUUGAAGUGGAGCUUGUGGAACGCGUAACUCCUUUUCUUGAUGUUAUCUCGUCGUUGAACAUUACUAAGGAACUUGAAAAACAAGAGAGCGAUACUGAUAGCAACUCAAAGUCAAAAAAGUACGCCGACUUUGUAAUGAAAGCAACUUCCAUCGUCUCAGCGUCCGCCGUUUCGGAUGUUCCACCAGGAAUAAUGGAUACUGAGGAAGUGAGACGUGAUCGUCCGUAUCUUAAGAUGUUGGGAAAAUAUAGUCGAUUCGAAAUAGGGAAUAUUGAAACUGCCUUAUUUCAAAUAGGUGUGAUUCUUGAUCCUGUGAGCGAGGUGGCACAAAAAUGGUCUAUUAUUUUAAAGACAUUGUCUGAGAUAGAAGGCGUACACAUUUAUAUAUACAUGAAUCCACAUUUAUCGCUGACGGAAUUACCGCUAAAGCGGUUUUACCGUUAUGUAUUGGAUACGAGGAUAAAAUUUGAUGUUAAUGGAAAUCCAAUUCCACCUUCUGCCUUAUUUAAUGGACUGCCCGAAGAUCCACUACUAACAUUAGGAAUGGACACAAUUCAAGCAUGGCUAGUAACACCAUUAUCCUCGAUCCACGACCUUGACAACAUAAAACUAAAAAAUUUAGACAUAUCAAACACUAAACGAGGUGUUGAAUCAAUAUUCGAACUAAAAAACCUGUUAAUAGAAGGUCACGCACGAGAUAUCACCUCUAAUAAACCGCCUGGUGGUCUACAACUGGUGCUUGGCACAAAGAGCAACCCGACACUAGUGGAUACGAUCGUGAUGGCCAAUCUUGGCUAUUUCCAAUUGAAAGCUAACCCGGGCGUUUGGAGCCUUGGACUUCGUGAGGGUAGAUCAACCGAAAUUUUUGAGAUUGAGAGUGUCGGCAGCGAAGGAUGGUAUAGUCGAACGGUUGAUGAAAUUGGAAGCUUUAUUUUCGUGUAUAGUUUUGAAGGUGGGUUGAUUUAUCCGAGAGUUAAACGGAAACCUGGAAAAGAACACGAAGAGAUUUUGGUUGCUGCCGAUGACGAAGGUGGUGUCGAGGAAGAUGACAAAUCUGGAGAUGGAUUAUGGGGCUAUAUAAAGUCAAAAUUUUCAUAUAAAUCCAAACACGAUCACCAACAGCAACAACAAAAGGCGGUCAUCAAUAUUUUCUCGGUAGCAUCCGGACAUUUGUACGAACGGUUCUUGUCCAUUAUGAUCGUUAGUGUGCUUCGGCAUACGGAUAGUAGAGUGAAAUUUUGGUUUAUUGAAAAUUUUUUGUCACCUUCGUUUAAAAACUUUAUACCUCAUAUGGCACAAGAAUACAAUUUCGAUUAUGAGUUAGUGACGUACAAGUGGCCCCAUUGGUUACGCGCACAGACCGAAAAGCAAAGAACGAUUUGGAGCUACAAAAUUCUAUUCUUAGAUGUUCUAUUCCCACUAGACUUAGAUAAAGUGAUUUUCGUCGAUGCAGACCAAAUAGUGCGUACAGAUUUGAAGGAAUUGGUGGAUAUGGAUUUACAUGGUGCUCCCUACGGAUAUACUCCCUUCUGUGAUAAUAGACCAGAGAUGGACGGAUUCCGGUUCUGGAAAGAAGGAUAUUGGAAGGAACAUUUACAGGGAAAACCGUAUCAUAUUAGUGCGCUUUACGUUAUAGAUUUACACCGAUUUCGUCUAAUGGCAGCAGGCGACAGGCUUCGUGGCCAGUACCAAGCGCUUAGCGCCGAUCCUAAUUCACUAGCAAAUCUGGACCAAGAUCUUCCCAAUAAUAUGCAACAUAUAGUCCCAAUUUUCUCAUUGCCUCAAGAAUGGUUGUGGUGUGAGACUUGGUGCAGUGAUGAGUCGUUGGCUAAAGCAAAGACUAUCGAUUUGUGUAAUAAUCCAAUGACAAAAGAACCAAAACUUGAUCGUGCAAAACGUCAAGUUCCCGAAUGGGAAACAUACGAUAAUGAAGUUGCUGCGUUUGCGUCGAGAAUUGCGACCAAACUAAAACAAGACACCACUAUCUCACAAAAGGAAGAAAAGAUCAUUAUCUCGACGAUAAUUCCAGCGCCUUUAUUAAAAGACGUGAAAGAGAAAGAAAAUGAUCAAGAUGUAAUAAACCAAGAACUUCUACAAAGUGAAAAAUUAUCUACAAUAUCAUCAUCAUUAUUGGAGUCGAUAAAACAAUCAACCGAAUCGCCUUCAUCAUCCCCUACAUCACAAAUUCACGUCAAAGAUGAAUUGUAA